UGGUCGUGCGCGCUUUCACAUAGUGAUGUGGAGGGCAGCAGACAUGACAGGAGUGGGAGAACUGGUGCUUGUUCUGGGCUUACUGGUGAGUGCUCACUGUGAGGUGAGAGCACGAGACCCUGAGGUGGAGGAAGAUGAGGAGGAGAUGGGAGGAAGAAGAAGAGGAGGAGGAGCAGUGAGGGGGUUCGGGACAGGAGUGUUGCCCCCCCAUUUCCAGAUGCUUUACCCUGGAGCGACAGAGACCCCUCCACUGAGAGAGAGAGGGAACCAUCCAGCCCGAAAUGGGAACUGGUGCUCGUUCGUGCAGAGGCGUGUGGUUACCAAGGCGGUGGCAUGUGGAACAGAGCAGUACACCAUCAAGUCUCAAAGUCGGUGUCCGAGCGGGACGCCAGACUGUCAAGUGAUCAUGUACAAGCAGUCCACCCGGCCGCUCUACAAGCAGAAGCAGCAGAUCGUCACUGCUCUGCUGUGGCACUGCUGUCCGGGACACGAUGGAGAGAACUGUGAGGACACAGUCUCUGAUGCACAGCAGGAUUCUGGGAGUGCGGCUCUGAUUAGAGGAUCUGAACCAGUGAGGACAGAGCUCCAAGCUCCAGGUCUGCGACUACAUCAGCAGCUCCAGCAGCAGCGUGGCGACCCGCACAGCGAGCAAAAUGACCACCAACCACAGAAUGACCACCAUGCGCAGAGUGACCACCAGGCACAGAAAGACCACCAGGCACAGAAAGACCACCAGGCACUUUAUGGCACAGGCUACCAGGACAACCAGCACAACACCACACACCCCACCCCGGAGCCAGACCGUGGUCACAGCCCCCAUUACACAUCACACCACCCCCACCUGCAACACCCCCACCACCCCCACCAUGGGCAGCCGAGACCCCACAUUCCUGUUGUAGAUGAGGUGGAUGAGGCCGUCCUCCGAUACCCAGAUGCCCCAGCUCCCCUCCCCGUCCCCCACAUGAUGGCCCUGGUCAUGUCCCAGCUGCAGCCCGUCCUGGAGGGCUUCAACCGCUCCCUGGAGCACCUGAGCCGGCAGGUGGGGGACCUAGCCCGUGAUGUUGCCCAGCUGAGGAGCAGCCAGCUGGAGGCGGUACUGGAGGCGGGGCUACAGGCGGGGCCCCCAGAGCCCCCAGAGCUUGAUGAGACCAUGGAAGAGCGUCUGGAUGCCAAACUGGACGAGGCAUUUCAGCAGAUCGGGGAUAUCCGGAGCCAAAUGGAGAGCCAGCGGACAGACAUGGAGAGCAGGCUGCACUCCCUCCAUACAAUGCUGCACUACAACCUCACCAACUUUAAGACAGACAUCGAUAUGAAGCUGAAACGCCACCAGAAGAUGCUGCAGAUCAGCCUGCAGGCCAUGAAUGCUACACUAACUGAGCUGAAGCUGGACCAGGAUCAGACCACUGAAGAUCGGCCGGAGGAUUAUCCCCCUACUCCCUUCUCGCCUCCUGCCCGCCCGCCGCCGCUGCCACAGCCCUCAGACACCUCGGCGCUCUGGGAAGCCGUCGAGCGGCUGGACAACAUGGUGGUCAACAACACAGUGAAGGUGGAUGGCCUGAUGGAGGACAUGGAGGUGACCUCCGGGGACGUAGAGCAGCUCAGGCGGGACUUCAAGGACCUGGAGAAGCAAGUCAACCAGACGGCCCGGACCACUCAGAUCCAGUACAUGGAGACGGGGCUGGAGGUGGAGGCGGCGAAGGAGGUGGUGCUAAGUCGGGUGGGCGAGCUGGCGAGGAACCUCAGCCAGCAUUCUGUGCGGCUGCAACACUUGGACUCGGACGUGGACUACGUGUUUGAUGCCUUGUACAAGCAGCACAACUCGACCGGAGACUGCGACUGCAAAGGGCUGAAGGCCGCCAUGGCUCGACUGGAGGGGGGCGUGGCUAACGUGACGGAGCUGGCCAAUGAAAACAGACUGGCUCUGGAGGAGGAGAGUGGUGGAGGGGCGGGGCAGUGGGGUGGGGCUGGUGACUGGGAGCCAGCGGUGGAGGCACUCCAACAUGGCCUCCAGCAGGUAAAGGAGUCUCAGGCCUCGGAGCACAGCAGGACCAGGGCUCUAGAGCACAGCCUGGCGCAGCUGAGCAGCUCAGUGACAGUCAGUCUAGCCGAGGUCUCCGGCCUGAAGGAUGCGGACAAGAAGCUGGUGGAAAGGAUGCAACACCUUUCCGCCUCCUUCAACUCUCUGCUGAGAGACGCCAUCAGACACAAUGACCUGCUGGAGCUGCUGCUGGGCGAAGAGGUGCUGGAGUUCCUGGAGUGGCCCGUCCAGGACCAGGAGGCCCACUCCAUCCCGGCCCUGAAGGAGCAGCUGAGGCUCCUGCAGGAGCAACUGAGUAGACAUGACCUGAGCAUCACCUCCCUGCUGGGCAACAAGCCAGGAGACACAGAGGAGAAACCGCCUGCUGACCAGCCCUCCUCCUCCGACUGGCUCCCUGGCAGCACGAGGAGGAGCAGCGGUGGAGAGCCAGCCCGGGAGCGCCAGCUGCUCCUCCACUCUGAGGCGAGGCGUCUGGGCCACGGUGGAGACGGCAGCGAUCUAUGGAACCUGGAGAAGACAGUGGAGGAGCUGGCGCUGAAGGUGCACCGGCUGGAGGAGACAUUCAAUAACACCUCUGCAGAGAGGGAGGCGCCGCCCAGUGGUGUGGAGGCCAAACUGCAGGCGGAGGUGAGGUGGUUGAAGAGAGGGCUGGAGGAACACCUGAGGAUGUUCAAGAACGUCUUCAGUAACGCCGACGUGCUGGCGGGGUCUGACGCCACGCUGGAGCUCGAUAAACUGUGGCAGCUGGUGAAGAACAAAGAUAAGAAGAGAGGAGGAGGAUCAGGAAGAGGAGGAAACCAUCGGAGCAGGAGGGAGUCAGGUGUUGCUCCCGUCCCGCCCGGUGACUCUCUGCUGCCCAUGGCUGGACCUCCUCUGAGUGUCUCUAACGGCGUCAUCGUGUUUGACACAUCACUGAACCAGGGUCAGUUUUACUCCGACACCGGCACCUUCACUGCUCCGGUGAGUGGGCUCUACCUGUUCGUCCUCAACUUGGACCUGAGCCUAGGCCCCGCCCACACGGUCCUGAGGAGGGGGUCAGGCGGCGCACCAGUGUCACUGCACCACCAUGAGGUGACGGAGGCAGGGCUGGUCACCAAUGUGGGCCUCCUGCCGCUGACGGAGGGGGAGGAGGUGAGGCUGGAACUGAAGGGAGGAGCGUGGGUGGAGUCAGAGGACAAUGUGUUCACCGUACUGCUGCUCCAUCGGACCACCUGAGGGCGCUGUGGACCAAAGACACUGAUCAGAGACUCAAACAUAUUUCACAUGAGAUUUUAAACAUGCUGAAGUCCAGUUGGUGGAGGUUUAAUGCCAAAGCACCUUACAGUGUCAUCAACAGGUCAGAUGAGGUGGAGUCAACCCUUAAACUAGUCAGUGCUGAUUAAUGUGUGACUGCAGGGUGAGAGCCAGACCAACAUGUCACACUACAAGACGUCUGGAUCAAAUUUAAACAAUUAAACUGAGAUGAAACUGAAUGUUCUCAAUUUUCUUGUUUGUCUCUUUCUAGUCGCUUCAACUGCAGUUUCAAUUUCCUUCUUUCAGUGUCUUGGUUGUAAGUACAGAGCUGGAGUCAGGCCGUUGUUCACCUAUCCAAAGUUUAAAACACAACAACUAGCACCUCUACAGGGGCUGUACACAUGCUGCGUUUUUUGGCGCACUUGCCAGAGCAAAGCUGUUGCAGCGCACACGCGUUUCCAAGCACCUUUUUAUCCCCAGGGCGAGACGUUUGCACCCUGAGAUAAACGGAGUUCAACUUUGGGAAUGCGGCAGCACACAUCACAUGUCAAAUCUGAGGUUGCUAAGCGAUCAUCACCAGCACUGUAAUGUGGUCCACUUACCAGAAAUCCUGAGUGCAGAGCUGAUCUUCUUCCAGGUGUUGUUUUGUAAGUGUGUACUAGGCCAAAUAUUGUAAGUGUGUACUAGGCCAAAUAUUGUAAGUGUGUACUAGGCCAAAUAUUGUAAAGCUCUGGCAGCCCUGCACUGAAAUUAUGAACUUGCUCUGCGAAUUUACCACAGACUGAUAUUUACAGAAGAAAUGUGUCAGCUGUGAUUGGUUGUUCCUCGUCACAUAACAUGCGAUGCACACUGCUGCGUUCCAAAAGUUGAACUCUGAACUCACAGGCGCGCGUAAAUGAUAGCGUCGCUCCAGUGUUUGAGUGCACAAAAGCAUGUCGUGUGCACGGCCCCUAACUUAUCAUAGUAUCUCAUUUAUUUAAUGUGGACAUGAUCAGAAAUGUGAAAAACAGUUUGGA